AUGGAGCCGGCGGGGCGACUGCGGGGCGAAGGCGUCAAUGCAUUGAUUGCCUUUGAAAUACCACCUCACUCGGUGUUCACUGACAAGAUGGGCACCGGGGAGCCUUGGACGGCCUUCCAGAGCUCUGGUCACCUGGCCCCCUCUAACAAGGAGACGGUGGCGGUCACUGUCCACGGAGCCGCUGGCCUCCCGCCCUGCAGAAACGGCUCGGAGCCGUGGCCCUUCGUGGCAGUGUGAAAAAACCACCCAGAGGAAGCAGAAAGCCAGAGCCCCCGCGCCAUGACCUCCGUGGCCCCGGAGCCCACCAGGGCCCCGACGUGGGGGGAGACGGUGGAGGUGGAGCUGGCCGCCGAGGAGGCAGGACACAAGGAUCUGGUCGUCAAGGUGGUGGACAACCAGAAGAAGGAGGAGCUGGUGUCCUACGAGAUCCCCCUCAAGUACCUGCGCAUCUUCCACCCCUACCACUUUGAGCUGGUGAAGCCCUCUCAGUCUGGGAAGAGCAACGGAGACGCUGACAGGACGCGCCUCUACGCCACCGUGGUGCGGAAGAGCAGCUUUCUUCCUCGCUACAUCGGCUCUGACCACACGGCCCUGGAGGUCUUUCUCCAGGGCGUCAAUGAGCCUCUCGCCAACAACCCUGGCCCGCUGGUGGCGGUCGCCCGCGUGGUGCCCAACUACAAUGAGUUCAAGACCAGCCAGGCGAGCCGCGACGGCACCUCCGCCCCACGGGGGUCCCCCGUCACCUCCCUCUCCUUCCCCAUCUCCUCCGUGAUGGCCUUCGACGUGCCUCGGGCCAGCCAGCACGGGUGCCCCCAGCUGUCCCGGCCCGGGGGGCCCCCGGCGCAGCCCGUGUGGAACCAGUCCUUCCUCUUCCCCGGCCGCGACGGGGCCACCAGCUUCUCGGAGGACGCGGCGCUGGUGCUCGAGUACCACAGCUCCGCCUCCCUGAAGGGCAGCGCGCCCACGGCCCUCGGCCCGACCCUGGGCGUCUCGGUGCUGCCGCUGAAGAGCCGCCUGUACCGCAAGAUGCUGACCGGGAGAGGCCCGAGCGGGCUGCACGUGGAGCGGCUCCCGGUCACCGACACCCACCUGAAAACCAUCUGCGGCGAAGCCCCCACCGUGGACUUAUCCUUCCAGCUGAUCUCCUCCGAGAGGCCAGAAACCUUCCUGACGCCGACCGUGGCCAAGCACCUGCCCAUCCUGGACCCGAAGAUCCUGGAUGAGAAGCUCGGCUCCAUCCGCGAGUCCUGGUCCAAGGCCGCGGCCAACGCCGCCUCGCGUCGCCCGUCCAGGGGGUCGGAGGAGGAGCCCCAGGUGCUGGAGCUGUCCCACGAGGCGGAGGUGAACAACUACCGGCGGGCCAUGCAGAAGAUGGCGGAGGACAUCCUGUCGCUGCGGCGGCAGGUCAGCGCGCUGGAGGGCGAGAACCGCACGCUGCGGGGCCACGUGGCGCCGCCCGGGGCGGAGGAGGAGGCGGAGGCGGAGGCCGGCCAGGAGGAGGCCCAGGCGCUGGCGUCCCUGAAGCAGAAGUUGCUCCUGAGCGAGCUGGACCUGAGGAAGCUGAGGGACAAGGUGCAGCACUUACAGAACGAGCUGAUCCGGAAGAAUGACCGCGAGAAGGAGCUGCUGCACCUGUACCAGGCCCAGCAGCCGCAGGCCGCGCUGCUCCGGCGCUACCAGGACAAGCUGCAGAAGAUGCGGGGCCUGGAGGACACCGUGCGGCACCAGGAGAAGGUGAUCGAGAGGAUGGAGCAGGUGCUGGAGGACCGGCUGCAGGAGAGGAGCAAGCCGCCGCCGCCCGGCUGGCCUCCAGGAAAGCCCAGUGCGGCCUUCCCCUCGCUCCCCGCCUACGGCCACCUGCCCGCCGCGGGCGAGAACCUGCCCGCCGACCUCUACUCCCUGCUGCUGGCUGAGAACUCCCGGCUGCGGGCAGAGCUGGACAAGAGCCGGCCCCAGGUGGCGCCCAUCAUCCUGCAGCAGCAGGCCCUACCGGACCUCCUGGGCAGCAGCUCUUCAGACAAGUUUAACCUGCUGGCCAAGCUGGAGCGGGCGCAGAACCGGAUCUCGGCCCUGGAGAACCUGCUGGAGGACUCGGCGCGCCGCUGGGCGGAGAAGCAGAGCCUCGCCACGCGGCUGCAGGAGCAGGCGCACGGCUUCCGGAGCCCUUCCAGCCUGGUCCUCGCGGACGCCUCUAAUGUUCUGCCUGUUGUCUGUGACCCCGUUGGCCCCAGGCUGGUGGCCCCGUGGUCUCCCUCGGGUUGGGGAUCCCCCGAGCCCCAGGACGUGGGGGUCCCGCCCGCCCUCACCUCGGGUCACUUUGCACCCCACAGGACGUCUUCGUCUCCCCCCACGGACCCCAAGCGGCCCCCAAAGCCGGAGCCCCAGCAGCCGGGCCGGCCCGACGGCUCCCAGAAGGCGGCGGCCGACGCCCCCCCCAGCUGA